CACUAACCAUCAGAAUGAUUCACUUUUGUGUCUUCACACGAAUCUACACCAGGACAUUACCGACCAGCAGUUCUUGAUGGAAGACAUGGCAAGGCUCCCGAAUAUUGCACGCAUGUCCCUGGGUAUAUGUCCCCAAGGACAUUCCUUUGGAGCGAGUGUGUUUCAUCUUCUCAGGAUGUCUACUGGUUUGAAAACACUGUGGCUUGCACUUGUCGGUUCAACUAGCCACCCAGAGGUACAACCUGUGUGCCCAUCAGGUUGUAGUUGUGAUCAUCCAUCAAAUUGGAAAACUGAGGAACUUGCGCUGAAUCUCCUCGAAGAAGUAGAAAUCCAUGAUAUUAGAGGAACUGAACAUGAAGCUGCUCUUAUCAAACGGUUAUUCGAUUGGGCAACAGUGCUAAAAAAGAUGACAGUAACUUUUCACCGCUCAGUCAAUGAAAGCGAGGCCAAGCAGUUCUUCCAGAUGCUUCAAAGCUUUUCUAGGCCAGAAAUAUGUAUGAAGGGGCCCUGCUUUGCCUAAUGUAGCCUCAGCAACGUUAGCUAAGAACCAAUCGUUCCGGAAACUUAACUCCUACCGCUGCUUCUCUAAGAACACUUAGCAUGUUCCAGAAGACUAAAAUACCAGCUUGUCGCUUAUGCUGUGAUCGUUCUGUAGUUGGCGUAUCUCAUCUCAGUAUCAAUUGCAAACUGUGUGUAAAUCAGAGUCUGAUAGAUCAGGCUGUAUCCGAUGCACUCUUUGCGACAGCCUUAUUUAUAUUUGCAGGGUGUA